CCCGUUCAUCUUCACGUUUCUUCCCGGAGUCUGCAACCCAGAGACCUCUUCUUGUCUAAGCUCCAUUCCAAAACAAUGGAAACAACAACCCACCAAACCUUUUCACAAACCACUUGUAUCCAAUAACGAUUCAUCUAUGGUUGGUGUUCACAUUGCAUCCCUCAAGAAUUUUGUAUACCAUGGCCACUUGUCAAACGCAUUCAAAUCUUUCCUUCACAUACAGCACCAUGCUGCAGCUUCUUCUCCUGGGUUUUCCCAUCUUCUCUUGCACCCCAUUUGCACUCUUCUCUUGGGUUGCAUCAACGUUAACUCACUUUCACCAGGGAAGCAGCUUCAUGCCCAAGUCAUUUCACUGGGUUUUGAUCAAAAUACAAUCAUGCUUCCCAGGCUUGUUAGUUUCUAUGCAAGGUUCAAUCUCUUUGAUGAUGCUUGCAUUGUCACUGAGAGUUCUAGUAGUUUGGAGCCUUUGCAUUGGAACAUGCUAAUCUCAAUGUUUGUUAGAAAUGAGCUAUUUGUGGAGGCUCUUUCUGCUUAUAGGAAAAUGUUGAGGAAACAGGUUAUACCUGAUGAAUUCACUUACCCUUCUGUUCUUAAGGCUUGUGGUGAAUUGUUAGAUUGUGCUUCUGGGGUGGAGGUUCAUAAGGCUAUUGAAGUUGGUUCUAUGGGUUGGAGCUUGUUUGUGCACAAUGCAUUGGUUUCUAUGUAUGCUAAGUUUGGGAAGCUGGAGGUUGCGCGUCACUUGUUUGAUAAUAUGCCGGAAAGAGAUGAUGUUUCUUGGAACACUAUUAUCAGCUGUUAUGCCUCUAGGGGUACGUGGGGGGAGGCGUUUAAGCUUUUUGAAAGGAUGCAGGAGGAGGGUGUUGAAAUGAAUAUUAUAAUAUGGAACACCAUGGCUGGAGGGUACUUGCAUGCAGGCAAUUUCAAGGGGGCACUUAAACUGCUUUCUCAGAUGAGAACAUCCAUUCAUUUGGACCAUGUUGCAAUGGUUGUUGGAUUAAAUGCAUGCUCUCACAUUGGAGCCCUUAAAUUGGGAAAGGAGAUUCAUGGUCACGCUGUGAGAACUGGCUUUGAUGUUCUUGACAAUGUGAGAAAUGCAUUGAUCACGAUGUAUUCCAGGUGUGGAGACCUUGGCCAUGCGUAUAUGUUGUUUCAAAGAAUGGAAGAGAAAGGUUUGAUCACUUGGAACGCCAUGCUCUCUGGAUUUGCUCACAUGGAUCGAGUCGACGAAGUCUCCUUCCUUUUUAGACAAAUGUUACAUGAGGGCGCUGAACCUAAUUAUGUGACCAUUGCAAGCGUUCUUCCUCUUUGCGCCCGCAUAGCGAAUCUACAGCAUGGUAAAGAGUUCCAUUGCUACAUCAUGAAGCGUGAGCAGUUUAAAGAAUAUUUAUUGUUGUGGAAUACUCUGGUGGACAUGUAUGCAAGGUCUGGCAAAGUUUUAGAAGCCAAAAGAGUGUUUGAUUCAUUGACAAGAAGAGAUGAAGUCACAUACACCGCCAUGAUUAGGGGAUAUGGUAUGAAAGGAGAAGGGCAAAUGGCUCUAAAUAUAUUUGAAGAGAUGUGCAAGUUCAAGAUUAAACCAGAUCAUGUAGCUAUGGUUGCGGUUCUAACAGCUUGUAGUCAUUCGGGUCUUGUAGCUCAAGGGCAAGUUCUCUUUCAAGAGAUGGUAGAUGAUUACGGAAUAAUUCCAAGAAUUGAGCACUAUGCUUGCAUGGCUGAUCUUUUUGGGAGGGCUGGUCUUCUGAACAAAGCAAAGGAGAUUAUCACGAGGAUGCCAUACAAGCCAACACCAGCGAUGUGGGCGACUCUCAUCGGAGCUUGUCGGAUCCAUGGAAAUACAGUGUUGGGGGAAUGGGCUGCAGGGAAGUUACUAGAAAUGAAGCCUGAUCAUUCAGGUUAUUAUAUCUUGAUUGCUAAUAUGUAUGCAGCUGCUGGUUGUUGGAGCGAGCUAGCAGAAGUGAGAACUUAUAUGAGGAAUCUGGGUGUGAAAAAAGCUCCUGGUUGUGCUUGGGUUGAUGUUGGCGGUGAGUUUUCUCCAUUUUUUGUUGGGGACACUUCCAACCCUCAUGCUGGUGAGAUUUAUCCUUUGAUGGAUGGAUUGAAUGAGCUAAUGAAAGAUGCUGGUUAUAUACGUAGUGAGGAGUUUUCAUCCGAGGAGGAUUUUGAGGAGAUGAAUAUUGCAGGGAAUUUAUACUAAUAGAAGUUAAACAUGUGAUCAUAGAUGGCUUUGUAAAUACAAGAGAUUGUUAUUUGUUAUUACAAUCCCAUAUACACGGCCUAAAAAGCAAAAAAAAACUGCUUAACCAAUUGCUAGUUCAAGCAGCAUAAUCGGAUUCUGCACAGUGGAAAAACUGAGAAUGUAAUCCAGCUACUCCUCGUGGUGGACUAAAGAAGUAUCAAGUAUGAUACUAUAACAACCAAAUCAGAGUCACUUGCUUCUGUCCAGAGUGAGUUACACAUGUCUAAAAUCAAAACCAAGGAUAAUGGACACAAAACAAAGGUCGGAGAUGAUAAGGAUGGAAACACCUUGCCUUCAGGACCAAGGAAGCAAAGAAGGCUGUGUCCUGAUGGUCAGAAAGGAGCAGAUGCAUCCAAGAUCAUGUUAGACGCAACAGAGAACAGAUGCAACAGGAAAAACAGUCCUAGAACCUAUUUGGUUUUCAUUAGUUGCUUCAGAAGAUCAGAAAGGAGAUGUUCCCUUGUCACAGGUUCCAGCAUGUUGUUUAAGACUAAAGUAACUCUUCCAACUCUGUUAUUUUCUGCUUUCUAUUUUCCACCCCAAAUAUUUUUGCUUGACUUUUACAAUUUAGCUAGUAACUUUGACCUGUGAAUUGAAAAGAAGGAAAUUCCCCCUCCCCUACCUCGUUCUUUUUUGUGUCCAAAUUGUACUAAAUGCUAGUUGAAGUAUACAGAAAUGAGAAAUGUGAGUUUAUACA